AUGAUGAACGACCUGACCCCCGAGCUGGGCAAGAAGAGACGAGCGGCUUGGGGAGCGUACAAGAGCAUCGAGGAUGUAGUGAAGAAGACCAGGAACACCCGGCUCCGUGCUCACCUCUUCAACACCACCGUACUUCCUGCUUUGACCUAUGCUUCGGAAACCUGGGCAUUUCGCAAGCAGGAAGAAAACGCGGUGAGCGUCAUUGAAGGCGCAAUUGAGAGAGUGAUGCUAGGAGUAUCCCGUUUCAUGCAAGUGAGGGACGGGAUUCGAAGUUCUCUCCUACGUCAGCGAUCGAAGAUUAGAGACGCCGCCGCGUUUGCCAAGGAAAGUAAAAUAAGGCGGGCCGGACACGUGAUGCGCUUUAAUGACAACCGUUGGGCCAGAGCCGUGAGCGACUGGGUUCCCCGCGAUAUUAAGCGCACUACAGGAAGACCGCCGACCCGAUGGUCAGAUUUCUUCACGAAGUCCUUGAAAGAAAAAUAUGAUGCUCUUCGUGUCCCACGCGAAAGGAGGAACCACUGGGCUACUCUGGCACCGAUCGGGACAAAUGGAAGAAUUACUGGCGCCCGCUCGACCAGUUCGAAGAUCAACGGGAGUCAAGGUGAUCAAGGUGAUGCACUUUACGAGACUUUUUGA